AUGACCGAACUCGGCGCAAAAGUCCGCCAGGUGGUCGCAAAGGGCUCUAAUACGUUUACGCAGUUGUCGGGUCCACGACUAGGUCUAUCCCAAGUACAAAGGCCAAAGACUUGUGAUCAUUUCAGAGUUGAAUCUUAUUCAAGUUCCCGCAAGAAAAGUCCCGGGAAAACGCAAAGCAUGGCCAACGUCCCAAUCACUUCCCGCAAAGCCUAUCGCCGGACUGACGACUAUACUCCAGGGACACCGAGGGUGCAGCUCGGGACAGAGACACUACCUCUGCCCCUUACUGCGACCUCGGUGUUGAUAAAGGUCUACGCUGUCUCUCUCAACUACAGAGACGCCAACAUUGCCAACGGCGGCAACCCGUGGCCGGUGACGCCACAUGGCAUACCGUGCAACGACGCGGCCGGAGAGAUCAUAGCCGUUGGCGAAGGCGUGAGGACGCUCAAGAUUGGAGACAGGGUGGCGCCUAUCAUCGACACGGAGAAUCUCACCGGGCGCGAGUCGACACGGUCGUGGUUGGCGGCCGACGAGGAUGGAGUGUUGGCAGACUACCUGGUCUUCGCGGAGGAAAAGCUCACCAAACUGCCGGAUCAUCUGGACUGGGUCGAAGCCUGCCUCAUUCCCUGCGCCGGGGUCACGGCGUGGACGGCUUUGAAAGACAUUGGCGUGGGAAAAAGCGUGUUGAUCCAAGGCACCGGGGGCGUUGCGAUGAUUGCGCUGAAACUUGCUCGCGCCGCCGGGCUCAAGGUGAUUCUCAGUUCGUCGAGCGACGCCAAACUGGAGAGGAUCAGAAAGCAGUUCUCCGACCCCCCGAUAUUCACCACCAACUACGCAACAAAUCCCCAGUGGCAUGAAGAGGUCCUGGAACUUACAGGCGGCGCCGGUGUUGAUCUAGUCGUGGAGAUCGGAGGCACGCAAACCUUGGUCAAGAGCAUGAAAUGUACUCGGCGAGGCGGGACGAUCAGCCAAGUCGGGUAUCUGAGCAAGCAAAGCCUCGAGGACCUGGCCGAGUUUCUCCCGCUUCUCAUCGAUCGAAGAAUCAACUUGAGGGGCAUAAAUGGCGGCUCAAAACUCGAGCAGGAAGACCUCUGUGCCGCUUUGUCUGCGACGCAAAUGAGAUUCAAAGACAUUAUAGACAAAGUCUACGAUUUUACGGACGCCGACGAGGCAAUCGAAGACAUCUGGCAGGGUCGACAAGUUGGGAAGCUCGUAAUCAGGGUAACUUGAGGGAAAAGGGUCAUUCACACGGCUGUGAGGUAAGGUCAAUUUGUAUAGGAGACAUUC